CAGAUCUAAGGAAGAGAAAACCUUUGUUGCAACUUGUAAUGACUAUGACGACGACAAUCUCUCAUCUUCCAACGGAGUUAUUAGAUGAGAUAAUCUCUAGAGUACCAUUAAAGUCUACGAGAGCAGUGAGAUUGACUUGCAAAAACUGGGACUCUUUAUUCAAAAACCGGAGCUUUAUGAAAGAAGAAGCAGCAGCAAAGGAAGGAGAGUCUAGGAUGAUCGUGUUGAUGGAUAAAAACCUGUUUGCAAUGAGCAUCUUCUUCAAUGGAAUUGACAUUGAUCCAUCUGCAGAGCAAAGAGGUAAACUUACUUGCCUAUACGACGAUUCAGAACAAGUCAAGAUAUCUCAAGUCUUUCACUGCGAGGGUUUGUUACUAUGCGUCUUGGAAGACGAUAAGUGUAGUCUUGUUGUUUGGAAUCCGUAUUGGGGACAAACAAGGUGGAUCGAACCUAGAUAUUUUUCCCGGAUACAGAAUUGUUAUGGCAGGUACAUGUACGUGUACGCUCUUGGAUACAAUAAUAAGAGUCGUAGUCACAAAAUCUUGAGGUUUAUAGAUGGUGCAUUCGAUUUCCCUUUUUGGUAUGAAAUCUACGAUUUUGACUCUGAUUUGUGGACGACUCUUGACGUUACUCCACAAUGGUUUAUAAAUUUCCCUCCCCGUGGUUGUUAUAACCGUGGUGUUACUCUCAAGGGAAACACUUACUGGUGUGCUAUAAGAAGGAAGUCAAACACUAAUUGGUUUGUUGAUCUUGAUCACAUAAUCUGUUUUGAUUUUACAAGUGAGAGAUUUGGUCCGCUUAUGCCUUUGCCGUUUGUUAGAUAUACGUCCGGAAGCCUUGUGACUCUAUCUUGUGUUAGAGAAGAGAAGCUUGCGGUUUUGUUUUGUAACAAUGCUACUGUUGAGGUAUGGAUUACGACUAAGAUUGAGACUGACAAGAUUUCGUGGAGCAAGUUCUUGACAGUGAAUAUGUAUGUUGACCUUCUGGAAGGGAGUUUUUUCAUUGACGAGGUAAAGAAAGUUGCUAUGAUUUUUGAUAUACCGAUGAAUCGCGAGACAGUUUACAUCGUGGGAGAGGCUGGAAACGUUAAAGAACUGCAUCUAGGACAACCUGUUGAUGUUGACAAACACUUUUCCCCACUAUUUGUGUGCUCUUAUGUUCCAAGUUUAGUGCAAAUCAAGCAACCUCCAGGAUGCCAAAGGAAACAAGAAAGCAGUCUAGAAAAACGUCGAUGUGAUGAUGAAAACAUAUCUAGACUUAUUGCACAUGAAGAGACAUAUGUAGUCUAUGGGAGAUAUGUGCCAUCAAGGAAAAAACCUAGAUGAUUAGUCCACA